AUGGCCGAGCCGCAGGAGCAGCUGCUGCAGCUGCGGAAAGACAACCGCGACGGCCGCCUGCGGAAGCAGGAGCUGGAGGAGCUGGUGCGCGGGCUGGAGGCGGAGAGCGAGAGCCUCACCGGGCGCCUGCAGGACCUGCGCGAGCGCGAGCGCAGCCUGCAGCGGAGGCGAAGCCAGGCGGCGCGGGCCCUAAGAGGCGAGGCGCGCGAGGCGGCGCGGGAGCGUGCGGAGCGGGCGCGUGGGCUGCUGGAGGCGGCGGAGCGGCACAAACGGGACCUGGAGCAGCACAACCAGCAGCUGCAGGAGCAGUGGGAGGAGCUGUCCAGUCAGCUCUUCUACUACGGAGGGGAACAGCUGAGUCAGCAGCGCGCGGAGCAGCAACUCGGGACCCAACUGGUGGCGCUGCAGAAACAGCUGGAGCUGCUGGAGGCCAAGUUCGCCAUGCAGGCGCAGGGCCUGCGGCAGGGCGCGCAGCGGACGGAGGAGGCCUGGGCCAGCUUCCAGGAGCAGAGCGGAGUCCUGCAGGAGCUGCAGGGAAAGGUGAUGGAGGCGGCAGCUGCGCUGGACGCCUCUCGAGGAGGCCGAGAACCGUGGGACUCGCAGCCUCGCCGGGUGCAGGACUGCGCGGGCUCGCUCAUGGAGGAGGUGGCCAAGGCGGACUGUGAGAAGCGGCUGUUCGGCGGCGCGGGCGCAGGUGGGAUCAGGCUGUGGGCUCUGGGCGCGCUGCAGACCCUCCUGCUGCUCCCGCUCGGCUUUCUGGCGCUGCCGCUGCUCUACGUGGCGCUGCUGAACCCCGACGCCCUCCGCCGGGGGCUCCCGCGCCUCGGCUCGGACGCCGCCUUCCGCCGCCUGCGCUACACGUUGUCCCCGCUGCUCGAGCUGCGCGCGCGCGGGCUCCUGCCCGCCUAG